AGUGUCGUUAGAAAACGUGAGAUGUUUUUGUGUCGCGUCUGCUGACAGAUCAGGCAGAAGCAGAAGCAGAAGCAGAAGCUUCACUGUUGUGGCGUAAAUCUCACCGUCAACACCCGCGAUCGCUGAAUAAUAACGCGGAGGAACCAGCGCUAAUGCGAGUGUAGCGAGGACCCGGGACGGAGCUCAAACAUCUGCGAGUGAGAAACAUUUUCUCUUAUUUAAUUUAACCUGCCAUGAAAAUAAUGAACGGAUCUACUCACAACGGCAGCUUCGGUACAGGAGAUGUUAUAGAAGAAUUUCUUAGAGAGAAUGAACCUGUAAAUAGAAGACUUCCUGGUCCUCCUCCUCCUCCACCCAUGGAGCUUGAUGAGCUUCUUACCAUAACACCACUCAGUGGACGUACUCCCAAACUUGUCUCCAGAUGCACAGACUCCCAGCAUCAUACGAUGUUUCCCUCAGGCAACACAUCCACAUUUCCUUCCUCUCGCGGCUCCAAAGGGCAGCGGCGUGGUACAGCUCAAGUUCCGGUUCCGCGUAUACGCACUCAUCACACAGACACAGAGCAGCUAGAGCAGCUGCUGGACAAGCCCACACUGAAGGUAGUAGAACAGCCCAAAGAACGGGGUAUGAGGUUCCGCUAUGAGUGCGAAGGAAGAUCAGCCGGUAGUAUCUUGGGAGCCUCGAGCACUGAUGUCAACAAGACGCUUCCUGCCAUUGAGCUCCACGGGCCAAUCGAGGGAAUACAGAAUGUGACAGUUACUGUGUCUCUUGUGACGAAGGACAUCCCUCACCGCCCACACCCACACUGCUUAGUUGGAAAAGACUGUACAGAUGGAAUAUGUCUGAUCAGCUUCAACCCCCACAUCACUCGCCGCCACAGUUUUGUAAAUUUAGGCGUCCAGUGUGUUCGAAGGAAGGAAUUAGAUGCCUCCUUGAUGAGGAGGAAGAAGAAAAAUAUAGAUCCAUUCAACACUGGUCACUCAAAGAGUAUUGAGGACAUGGACAUGAACGUGGUGAGGCUGUGCUUCCAGUGUGAGCUGGAGAGGGACGACGGGGACAGGAUCCAUCUUGGCCCUGUGGUGUCCAACCCCAUCUAUGACAAGAAAGCUACAACGACCGCAGAGCUGAAAAUCAACAGGCUGAACAUUGUGAAAGGUCCCUGUAAUGGCAAAACGGAGAUCUACAUGCUCUGUGACAAAGUGCAAAAAGAGGACAUUGAGAUAAUCUUCAGUUUGGGCAGCUGGGAGGCGAAGGCUGAGUUUGCUCACACCGAUGUGCAUCGCCAGAUCGCCAUCAUCUUUAAAUCGCCACCGUAUCAGGAGCAGGACAUCAGCGAGGAGGUUGAAGUGAACGUGUGUCUGCGUCGCAUUUCUGAUCGCAUGAACAGCGAGCCUGUUCAAUUCACCUACCUGCCUGAUAAUCCAGAUCCUUAUGAGGUUAAACGCAAACUGAAAUUAAAAGCAGAUAAGUUCAACACUGACUGCAGUAUCAGCUCAGAUGCGAUUGGAAGCACACCAGGUCUGUCUCACCAGUUAGAUCCAUUUUCCUUCGGCAAUUUAAACUGCAACAUUUCAGCCCCAGAAGUGAACCAAUCCACACAGGCUCAGCUUCCGGAAUUCAUUCAAUACGACGACGAUCUCAAAGAGGAGGACAGCUGCGUGAGUCUGGACCAAGAUACAUUAAGCAGCAUACUGGCAAACAUUACAGAGUGCCUGGGUCCGCAAAACUUUCUUCAGCUUUUAAACAGCCAAGAUCUCAACUCCAACUUCACAGAUUUAAACAUGAAUCCCCAGGAUGUUAGCCAGCCUUCUGCAAAUGCUGCUGCUUUAAAUGACUUGUAUAUGAACCCUGAAAUACCACAAGACAUGCACAUACAGGAUGUUUUCUUACGUCAGGUUAAGACUGAAAAUGAGGAGGAAUCCUGAGGGCUGUGAUUGAUUAAACCCUUGUCUGUUAGGACAGGGUCUGCACUCUGAAGUAUGCAUGCACAUUAGGAUCCACACUGGAUGCCAUGUCCAGUUAAUGAGGAUUUGGGUAGAACAUCUAGAAAUUUGAAAUGCCCUGCUCCAGCACUGUGUGUGGGUAUGUGAUAAAAAGGCUGUUCAUAACCUUUACAGUUUGGGGCUGUGUUGUUAGAGCUGGUAGACAUGAACUUGAUGCCCUUUAGAAAAAGGAAUGAGGAGGUCAUGUAAAAUCUGGAAGGUUAUGCAUGUGCCUUUAUGCCUUCAUGCACUAAAUUGUGAAAAGAUGCCUGUAAAAUGCUUGUUUAUUGUCAGGUUGUAUAUGCUUUUUACCUUCAUACAGUCAGUCCACUGGGCUGUAAAUAUUCUGACCAGUUAUUAACAUUCCCACCUUUAUCAAUAUAUCAUUAAGCAUUGUAUUAUAGACUGUUUUAGAAGAAAAUUUCUGCUAAGGCAUAUUUCCUUGUCAAUAAAUGCAUUAUUGACAUUUUAGGUUUUGCUUGACCAUUCUGUGAUGUCAACGCUGUCAAAUAGCAGGCAUGUUACGUUUCUUGUGUGUAUGUUGUUUUGAAGUACGUAGCAGAUUAGAAACAGUGAAGUCCUAAAUGUCUAGCGAUACACAAAACAUCUAAUUCUGCGUGUAGAGCUUGUAAAUAGUAAGUCUUAAGCAAAAUGCACUAUCUCUGCCUGGGAAGUAAUGUAAGUAAGUGUUUAAAUGUGUGUCUUAUAUUAAAAAGUAUCCAAACUUUGGUUUUGAAUCACUGAUGUUAAAUAUUAGCUGCUGGUUAAUAAUAGAUUAAACUGUCUAAACUUAAAUCAUUUUCCAAAAUGUCUGAUUCUAGUUUUAGUGUUUUUUAUUAUUAUUACUCACCACACUGCAUUAUAUUUUAAACAGAUCUCUACCUACAACAACAAAGAAAAUAGAAUGGGUGAGGUGUGGCUUUUAUACUUGACAAUGGCAGCACAAUCCAAGGCUGUAAUCACACUAUUAUUAAUCACACUAUAUUAAUCUUCUGCUUCGUGUGCAGCCUGAUAAAGCGAGUUCAUGCAGCCACUAUUUUUGGCGUGGAUUGAAACACAGCCCUUCAGAUUGUCGGCUAAAGCAGCGUCCUCUCAGUGGCGGUUCUGGGGGGGUCAGCAGGGGGCCAGUACCCCUGUGACAACCAGCUUGGUCCCCCCUACGGCCCCCCCUAGGAAUACAGUAUAUGUAACUCAAAUUAAAUAUGAAAAAGAAAAGGACUUGACAUUUAAGCAGAGCAAAUGCCUUAAAUGGUGAUUCUUUGUUGAUCUGUUUACAUCAAACUCAAGAAAAUGUAGACUGAA